ACCCGCUUCAGUUCAAUCUUAUCGCGCGGUCCGCUAACAUCUCCCGUGUGAAGUGCAUGUACCGGUUACCUGAGAUUUAACGACGUUCCACGUCGAACGAAAUCUCGAUAGUGCGUGAAGUUGCGACAUCAGGCGGAGGAACGAAAAAUUCUGAUUCGAGUCCAAGGGAACUCGAUCGCUCCGUACGACUUUCGAAACACUAAAAAGUCUUAGAUGUAUCAGAGAGGAAGACAUAAAAAAAAUAUUCAUAAACCUCUGUGAGAUCAUUGAGAAAUCUCAGUUUAGCAAUGGACUUUUAAAAUGUUUACAAACGAAGUUCAUUCGCAAAGAAUAAAAAAAGAUAUGCAGUUUUACAAUCAAAUCGACUAUAACAAAUAUCGUCCGAAUUCCAUCGAGAAAUCGUUAUCGACUGUAUCAGAUAAACGCUGAGCGUAUCGGUAAGCUCAGUUAACAAGAAUCAGUCAUCGGAGUGGCAGUCUCUGAAGACAGUCAGACAAUAGAUUUUUAAAGUUCUUUAGAAAAGUUCGCUUGAAAUAAAAACGAUACGAAGUGACACGUUCAACGUUAAUGGUUUCAUCCCCUACAGACCAGAAACCAAUGGUCUCGGGAAGUGACAGCUCGCACGAAACAGUUGAGUGCACUUAUCACCAAUUGAAUUACUUAUAAACACAGACAGAUAAAAAUUCAUCGAUUCAGUUUGUGAGGACUGUCCAAUGAUUAUUGACAAAAUGUUGGUGUCGCCUAGCAUGAGUUGUGGCCUAGUGGUGGCCGGUGUCGCUUCCGGAAUUUGUUUUCUUAUCUACAUGAAUAUUAAAGGAAAAUCUGGUGAAUCGAGACAAGGCGAUAAGGAAAUACCUGUGGACGACAAUCGUUGCUCCUGCUGCCUUAGGCCGUUCUUCCUCAGCCACGGUGUCCGUUGCAAGGAUUGCGGUGCAAAAUCCUGCAGGAAAGGCUGCUCCCGCUGGGAUCCGUCUGAUAACGCCUGGCAGUGUCUAUUUUGCCGUCAACAAAGGUUCUCAUUGCCACACACGUAUUGGUUAGCAAAAACCGAGUCGGAGGUGCUUGGCGGACCGAUCGACGAGAAGGAACUACAUCGAUACAUCAAUACGGGAAAAGCACGAGUUUAUGUGGGAGGAGUGGAAAAUGCAACUACCAGCAGCUCGGGCCAGGGUUUGGCCGCGGAGAAAGAAGAGACGAAUUCGAUGGAAGCCGUACGCGAUUUCGUUGAGAGAAUAGUCGACGGUCUGAUCGGAAACGCGAACGACGCAUCGAUCGAUCGAUCGUACGAUCAGCCAGCAUAUGACACGGUUAUGGGAAAACACGUUGCACUCUUAGUGGAGGCACUCACACGUUUGGUUAUGGUCCUACACGAUUCCUUAAAAAACAAGCCCGGCACGGACGCGCCCACGAUGGCGCACACGACCCUGCGUGAGGUCGUCGAGCGGGUCGUCGAGGAAGCCAAGAAGUUACCGAGCUUCGCUGGUUCCGGCGGGACUGGGAAAGUCCACGAACCGAGGAACAUCGCGGAGCACAACUACGAGGACAUACUCGCCACCGCGAUACUUAAUAAGGUCAUCGAGAAAUUCCAGAAGGAACAGGUGGACGGCAAUAGCAACGUGCUUCCCGGGAAACCAGCGUCCGCGACGAAAUACCCACUGAGUACCUUGACCAACUUUUAA